AUGGGGAGAACAUGCAAGUGGAGCAGUGACCUGACCCAACUUAAAUCUCAAAUGAAUCACUGUCACCGAGUUAAAAUCAGAAUAGAAGAAGGAAAACGAAUCAGGAUUCUGAUGAUGAAGUCGGUAGAUGAGGGCGUCUCGGAACAAAAGGUAGCAGCAGAAAAGAUGGUGAAGGGACUAGUGAUCUUCCACUGUGUUGUGGCUAAUGGGAAUUCAACAAGGAGUGCAGAAACAAAUGGCCUUCCCUGUGGAUAUGCUGGAGAAAACUGCACAGCUACCACUGUGCAGCCUAAACGGAAAGGGCAUUUUUCUCGCUGUCCCAAGCAAUACAAGCAUUACUGUAUCAAAGGACGGUGUCGCUUCGUGGUGGCUGAGCAGACCCCCUCAUGUGUCUGUGAUGAAGGCUACACAGGGGCGAGGUGUGAGCGUGUUGACUUGUUUUACCUCCGACAAGACAGAAGGCAGAUCCUGGUCAUCUGUUUGAUAGCAGUGAUGGUAGUUUUCAUCAUUUUGGUCAUUGGUGUCUGCACAUGCUGUCAUCCUCUUCGGAGAAAUCGUAAAAGAAGAAAGAAGGAAGAAGAAAUAGCAACUCUGGGCAAGGAUACAACUGCUAGGAAUGAAGAUAUCGAAGAGACUAACAUUACCUAG